UAUAGUUGCAAAUUGCAUUGUCAUCGGGUUUGAAGCUACUCUGAAAUGUAGAGCCUGCAAGCUUAUCUUGAAGUGCCUCAAUUGAAUAAAAACGUGGGGGAAAUUUCAAACAUGAGCGGAGGCGAACAGCAUGGACUUUCCAAAAAUAAGGCCAUAGGUACCUACUAAAAGCAAUAAAAAUCUAAUAUUUAAUAUUAAAUCUAAUAUUUUUAAUCCGUCCGUCCGUCCGUAUGUAUAUUCCAUGUUGAUACUAAACCUCCGCGUUGUUAACUUCAAAUAAAUGACAUCUUUCGGACGUAAGGAUAGUUACUAUUGUCAAACAAAAUAAUUUCCAGUGACAGCUAAUCAAAAUUAUUACUGUACGUAUUUCUAAAAGAAAUAAAUAAAUAAUUCAAAUAAAUAAUGUACACACACUUCAUACAUUGGAACAAUGGAUCCUCAGAGACACGUUGUCGCCGGCCCAAUGGCUCCAACUAGUAUGAAGACUGCACGGAAAAGUUUUGCUAUUACUAAUACUUACGUCAGAAGUCAUCCUGCUAACAAAGAAAUAGUCAGUGUACACACUAGCACACCAGCAGUUGAAAAGCGGACUUUUAAUCUUGAACAAAACCAAGUGUACCAAGGAACAGUAAACGUACUUUCAAUUAUAGAUACAAAUAAGGAUAUUAUGUGCUGUAAAUAUACGGAAGACACGAAUGACGUAGCAGCUGGAUUUACGGACGGUACGAUUAGACUAUUCAAUUGCAAUUCUGGACAAUGUGUGCACACUCUUGUAGAUGAUGAAUGUCGCGCAUAUCCCGGACCAGUAACUGCUAUUAAACAUCGGCCGGUCAGCAAAGCUCACCCCGUCACUAAUAUGUUAUUAUCUUCUUAUGUUAAUGGAUGUAUCAAGUGUUGGAGUUAUAAAUACGAUCAAUGUUUAUACACGAUACGGGAGAAACGACAAACUUUAGGAUUAUGUUACCACCCCUGCCAUAGCAAAUUUGUAACUUAUGGAGAUGAUGCAAAGUUAAACAUGUAUGACGAAGAAGCUCAAACUCAAGAACGUGCAUUUUACUCCAGUGGACACAGGAGCAAAAUGGAUGGUCAUGAAUCUCGAAUUUUUGCAUGUGCCUUCAAUCCUAAAUCACACCAUGAGUUGAUCUCUGGUGGAUGGGAUAACGCCGUAAUGUGUUGGGAUGACCGACAGCCGUAUGCAACUCGUUACUUUCUUGGAAUCCAUAUGUGUGGGGAAGGCUUAGAUUUUGAUAAACCCGGGAGGCAGAUACUAACAUGCUCAUGGCAGGAAAAGGAUGCUAUUCAAUUGUGGGAUUACGGGUCAUGUAAAUUGAUCGAAACGAUCGUGCCCGACAAUUUUAGUUCAAAACUUUAUUGCGGCAAGAUGGUGCCGCAUACUAACCUAAUUGUUUGCGGUGGAUCCGAUGCCAACAUUUUGAGAGUUGUUGAUACCAACAUGAAAGUAACAGAGUGUUGUAUUCGAAACAAUCCGGGCGGCAUUUACGCGUUUGAUUUUGGGACAGUACGAAGAAAAGUCAAAAAAGCUACAGAUAGUUACAAAAAAAUUAGCGAAAUCGGACUCGUACCACGAGUUUCGUUUGUUACUGGGAAACGAUUACAGACUGUAGACUUUGGAUGAAAGAAAUGAACAUUAAAAACACUUAUUGUACUAUAUAACUAUUUAAAAUGUUGUGGUGAAAUCAUUUUCAUCAGCUUUGAAGAUUAAGACUAGUAUAAGCUUAGCACAAUUUUAAGUAUGUAUGUAUAAAAAUAUGUAAUUACUGAAUAUCUGCUCUGUAGGCUUGGUCAUAUAAAAAUUAAGUAGUGGUAAUAUGUAUGGCAAUAAAUGUUAUUUUUUCAGAA